CUCAGAUCACACUUGCCGGCGAAGAUAAGGAAAUAAGUUGAAUCGGAAAAUCAAAUCCACAGCGGCAAAGAUAAGAAGAUGUAAGAACGAAAAUAAGUGUGAUAUCUUUUGUGGGACGGAGGGAGUACAAUUUUGUUACGUGCAGACAGCAGUUUUCCUAGAAACAUGUCGGAGGCCUUCAUCUUAGAGGUGAUACAGAAUCUGGAAAGUUUUCUGCAGUCUGAGGAUACAACGCAGGACAGAUACAGAGAUAUCUCGGAGGCCUCCAUGACUUCUCGCAAAAGCCACGUUUCAGAGGUUAUACAUGAGAUGAGAAUGGCGUUGGAUUUCUAUAGAGAGAGAGAAUCAGGAGAGAGGAGCAAGCUAAAUUAUUUGCUAGCUGACUUUGCUGAGAUAGCUCAAGUGUCAAAAGACAACAUAUCCAUGUUUAAGCUCUCUUUCUAUGAAGAGAUGUAUUAUGUCCUAGAAUGGAUGAAGAAGACAAGAAAGCGCAUGAUGAAUUUUGGAGAUGGCGAGGGGGCGAGUAGUUCACAAAGUGUUGGAGACGAAGGUGUCGUGCUGGGGUUGGAGAAAGACGUGGAACAGAUUAUCGAUAGAGUGAUUCUUGGUAAAGCCGUUCUUAAUGAGAGGCCGCGCCUCGUGAUUUCAUGUAUCAAAGGCAUGAUUGGUGCCGGGAAGACGACUCUUGCCCGACAAGUGUACAACCAUCCAGACAUCGUUGAAAGAUUCAAGCUCCGUGCUUGGGUAACGAUUUCUAGUAGUGACACAAGUGCACAUGAAGUGCUUGUGGAACUGAUACAGAAGUUGGGGGAACAUGUCGAAGAUCCAUUGACGUUGGAUGAAAUGGACAACCUGAGUCUCCAAAAUAUGCUUUGGGGAAAGCUAAAAGGAAUGCCAUAUUUUAUAGUUCUCGACAAUGUGCCGAAAGGAAUGUGGCUGCGAUCCAUAUUAGAUGGUCUUCCAUACAAAGGCUGCCGUGGAUGUAAUUUGUUGACCACCAGUCGCUAUCAGAUUACAGAAGACGACUUUUAUACUCACGAGAUGAAACCUUUGGAUUCUAAAAAGAGCUGGCAAUUGUUUUCAAAAACAAUCGAUAAAUUUACAAGUGAUGAGAACAAAUUCUCAAAGGAGUUGGAGAGGAAGGCGAAAGAUAUGUUGAAAAAAUGUGGGGGCUUGCCGCUAGCUAUAAUAGAUGUUGCAAGGCAGAAAGCUAAGCAAAGGCUUUCAGGGAUUGAAUGGGAAGAACUUUUUGAUUCAAUUGAUUUGGGUGAAUUAUUGAAGUUGUUUGAGCCGGUCUAUCAUAGCUUGGAUGAUCAACUUAAGGCAUGUUUCUUGCAUAUGUCCUUUUUGAAGGAAAAUGCAACAAUAAGGGGAGAAAAGUUGGGACAUAUUUGGGCUGCAAUCGGAUUAAACACAGAAAGAUCUAUUCCAUACAUGGCCAAUGAAGAGUGCAUGCACAUGUUACGAUCGUGUAUAGAUGAAUUACUUUGUGAAUCCAUUAUUGAAUACGUGAACGAUUCUGAAUUUUUCAGGUAUCGCAUCAAUCCUCUACUCUAUGAGCUAUCCAUAAAAAAAGCAGAGGAGGAAAUCGGCUUUGAGAUCCUAAGGAGCAAUGGAAUUAAUCGGCACUCUCAAAAUCCUCGUCAUCGUGUUAUCCACUGUGGAAGAGACAAGUUUAAUCACUCCACGAAUCAAGACAACAAACAUCUUGUUUCUCUUAUCUUUCAUGGUGGUGGUCGCUACUUGGACGAUGCUAGUCAGUCCUAUUGGAAGAGUUUUGAGCUACUCAGGAUUCUCGACAUGGAAGAUUUUGGGGUGAAGACUUUAUCAGAAACUAUCGGCACAUUGACUAGGUUACGGUAUUUGGGAUUGAGGAACAAUUACCUGCAAGAGAUCCCACAUUGGUGGAGUUGCCAAAUAUUAUCAAUGAAAUGGAACUUUAGGCGACUACCUGGCAUUAAUGACGGAGUAAUCUGUCACCAGUUAGUGACUGACAGAUUUCAGUCACUAGUUCUGUCACUAGUUGUGGAGCUACUGGAUGGCGUCACUAAUUCCGUCAGAAACGGAAGUAGAUUGUUGCUCACCAGUUGCCAUCGAAGUAACUUCGAAAUCUUUUACACUCAUGAGGUUAAAUCUUUGGAUUCUGAUAAGAGCUGGCAAUUGUUUUCAAAAACCUUUGAUAAAUUUACAAGUGAAGAGAACAAAUUCUCAAAGGAGUUGGAGAGGAAGGGAAGAGAGAUGCUGAAAAAAUGUUGGGGUCUGCCACUAGCUAUAGUAAAUGUUGCAAGGGAUAAAGCAAGGCAAAGACUUGCAGGGAUGAAAUUGGAAGAACUUUUUGAUUCAAUUGAUUUGAGUGAAACAUUGAAGUUAUUGGAGCCGAUGUAUCAUAAAUUGGAUGAAGAGCUCAAGCCAUGUUUCUUGUAUAUGUCCUUUUUUAAGGAAAAUGCAAUCAUGAGGGAAGAAAAGUUGCAACAUAUUUGGGCUCUAAGAGGAAUAAAAAGACAGAGAGUUGCAACAUAUAUGGUUGAUGAAUUUAUACAUUACCAAUCUUAUUGGAAGAAUUUUGAACUCCUCAAGAUACUCGAUAUGGAAGAUUUUGGGAUGAAGACUUUAUCAGAAACUAUUGGCACGUUGAUCGAGUUAAGGUAUUUGGGAUUGAGAAACAAUUUUAUUCAAGAGAUCCCACACUCAUUUGGGAACUUGAAAAGGCUCGAGGUUUUCGAUGUAGCUCUAAACUUUAUGGUGGAGGUAUCAAAUAUUAUAUGUGAAAUGGGUAGCCUUCGUUAUCUCUACAUGUCUGAUGUGAUUUAUCGGACGCCUUUCAAAGUAGAUGCGCUACAGAAUCUGAAAACCCUAACCUACAUCUCGAUCUAUGAUUGGGCAUAUGAGGGCUCAAACUUGGAGACAAUGACUCAUCUCAAAAAAUUGGGCAUUGAAGAAGUUGAUGAAAACUCAGAUGUAGGCAAGCUCUUUGCAUCAGUGUCCAAGUUCAAUAGCCUCGAAAACCUUAUCUUGAGAGGGUUUCGUUUCAGAAGCAUGCCGUGUUUGGACGAGAUUAGUGUUCUAACAUUGGUCGAGAAAUGGUAA